CUGAGUGACACACAUACUCACGGUGACGGUACUAGACAUUGCGGUGGAUACCCUGGUCUAGAAAAAAAAGAGAAACACAACACACUCCUCUAUUGAAUCUCAAAAGGCCAAACAGAGAAGAUGGUCAAGCCUCCAUUGAAGAAUUCAAAAUGCUCUGAUCAACUCCGGUUAGUGUUUCUCACAGUCUUUGUUUUUUAUGUGUCAUUGCUUCUCUUGGAAAAUUAUUUCUCUGUGACUGGUCACCAUGGUGUCACCUUCUCCAUUUUCAACAUGCAAAAUGAUGCAACAAGGAAAGUUGUUGUCUACACCAAUCAAAACAAUGUAACAAGUGAGGCCUUGGAUAAACCAAAUUGCAUCACAGAAAAUUUCACAGAGAAUAACAAUGUUGAAGAACUUGUUAAAGAGUCCCCCACAAGAAAUUUGGAUCCAUGUUCAGGAAAAUACAUCUAUGUUCAUGAUCUUCCUAAGAGGUUCAAUGAGGAUUUGCUGAAGAAUUGUCACACUCUCUCGAAGUGGACUAAUAUGUGCCCCUAUGUGUCAAACUUAGGCCUAGGCCCUAAGGUUAUUAUUGACAAAUCAAAAAGAAGAGUGCUUUCCGAGAAAAGUUGGUAUGCAACUAAUCAGUUUACACUUGAAAUCAUUUUUCACAACACAAUGAAGCAUUACAAGUGUUUAACCAAUGAUUCUUCACUGGCUUCUGCUGUAUAUGUACCUUACUAUGCUGGUCUUGAUGUGGGUCAAUACCUUUGGGGAUUCAAUGUUUCAGUGAGAGAUUCUUCACCAAAAGAGCUUGUAAAGUGGCUGGGAAAACAACCUCAAUGGAAAAAAUUGUGGGGUAGAGAUCAUUUCUUUGUUGGAGGGAGGAUUGGUAAUGAUUUCAGAAGAAAAACAGAAGAGUAUGAUGAUUGGGGCUCGAAACUAAUGUUCUUACCAGAAGCCAAAAACAUGUCAAUUUUGCCAAUUGAAUCUGGUGGUCCAUAUGGAAAUGAUUUUCCAAUUCCAUAUCCUACUUACUUUCAUCCUUCAAAGGAUGUUGAGAUUUUCCAGUGGCAGGAGAAAAUGAGAAAAGUGAAACGGCCUUAUUUGUUUACAUUUGCUGGUGCUCCAAGGCCUAAUUCAACAACCUCCAUCAGAAAUGAGUUAAUCAAACAAUGCCAAUCUUCUAGGAGUUGCAAAUUUCAUUAUUGUUAUGGUCAUAAAGAUAAUCGCAAUCACUGUGAUGAUCCUGUGCAAGUAAUGAAGGUGUUUCAGAGUUCAGUUUUCUGUUUACAGCCUCCAGGGGAUUCAUACACUAGGAGAUCAAUUUUUGACUCAAUUUUGGCUGGUUGUGUUCCUGUUUUCUUUCAUCCAGAGUCAGCAUAUAACCAAUAUUUGUGGCAUUUUCCGAGAAAUGGUUCUAGCUACUCAAUAUACAUACCAGAAAGUGAUGUUAAGAAAGUGGUGCUCAAUGAAACAUUGUCCAGAGUUCCAGCAAGUGAAGUUUUGGCAAUGAAAGAGGAGGUUAUAAGGCUUAUUCCAAGGAUAAUAUAUAGCAAUCCAAGGUCUAGAUUAGAGGCUUUUGAAGAUGCAUUUGACAUUGCAGUUAAGGGAAUUCUUGGGAGAAUAGAAGCAAUAAGAAGGGAGGUUAAUACAAAUGUUGAAAUUUUUUCUGGGCUUGGUUUUGUGAAUAUGAACAAUACAAGUUCUUCAAGUGCUUAA